AUGCAGACAUGUGGCUGUGGCAAGGAGAAAACAGACACGACAGGCUCCCUCCUUUCACUACUUAUUGCCUUGGUGUUCCUCGUAACCAGAAACGACAACGAAACACAGCUACGAUUCAUCUCACUCAAAUUACUUCAUCUUCACGACAUCCUUACUCUUUACAACAAUCCUAGUAACGCCUCAUUGAUUCCGAUGCAGUCUCGUAUCUCUACCCGCGCCGCCACGCCCAGGAGGGUUGAGCAAAUCAGGAUCUACAUCGACAACUCAAACGUCUGGAUCCAAGGCCAGCGAACGUCGGCCGAAAAACGUGGUCUGCCCGAAAAGUUGGAUCCUACCUGGAGGUUCGACGCCGGGAAGCUGAAGAACGUCUUGACCCAGAACUGCGGUCUGCCCGCAGAUGAAGACGUCCAAGCCAUUGUCGACCUAUAUGGAUCAACCCCUCAUGAAAUUGACGCGACAUGGAGGGCCAUCGAAUCUUGCGACGUUAGGGUCCACACGUUUGAGCGUAGCUCGUGGACAAAACGUGAAAAGAAGUCGACGCUGAAAUCAUCGCGGCCUCGCACCUUUAUCAUCGUUUCUGGUGACAAAGAUCUUAUUCGAGCUGUGCUAAGAAUUGCCAAGAGAGAAUUCCAAGUGCAUGUCUGGUCAUGGAGAAAUGGAAUAUCAGCGGCUUACACGCAACCCAAGGAAGAAUGCCGUCACCUGAUGAUGGAUCGAGAGCUCAUCGAGGUACACUUUCUUGAUGAUUUCAUGGACAAGUUCAGUUUCCACGAGGAGGUUUUCGAUCCCAAAAAGAGUGCCAUCCCCGACAAUAGUAUCGUCAUCCUCGAACCUUCGAUUAACCGCGACAUUAUCAAUCAAGUUCUUGAGAAUCUCCGCAUUUCAUAUCGCUUACACCAUCUGCAACGCCGUGGAGUUUCUGAGAAGGACUUGGUCAUCAUACUUAUCUGUGAACUGGACCAUGAGACCCACACCGAGAUAUUUCAAGAUAUGAGAGAAGAGCUCAAGCGCUACAACCUAAGGGCCAUGACAUAUUUCGAGUACAACAACAGUGCUUCCCGUCCUCAGAACCCAAAGGGCAAAUUCAUAACACCAAACCCCUUCGACCCGCUUAGGAAGGCCAAUGGGAUUGAUUCAAAGAGUGGCCAAGAUAAUGAUGGCUUUACACCCGUCAACAACGGUCGGAAGAAACAAAAUAAGCGACUGAAAGCAGAGCAGAAACUGGUCUACAACCGUUGCGUCUGGCGCCUGUAUUGCAGUGAGGGCACUCGUUGCAAAUAUGGACAUACUAUAGAGGAAACGGCCACUUUCGAGGCGUGUGGAACACGGAAAGCAAAAAGGUACAAGUUCUGCUCAAAUGGAAAAGAUUGCUUCAAAAAGACUUGCAACUACGCUCAUAAGUGGGAUGAGUUGCUUUGUCCAACUUGUGACAAGACGGGGCCCACCUGA